GUAGGCAGCGGGGGGAUGAAAAUAAACAUGCACUAGCAAAGACGUGAGGAGGGAGCUCACACACACCUCUCCUGAUUCAGCGGAACAGAUUUAUUCGUCACCUCUCCCUGCAGCCUUGCAGCGAGCCUGCUGCAAAACACAAGGCAAUUCCAAACCCGUCAGCAACCAUCCCGCUGUGAGGCUGCGUGGAUUAACAGCUCUGCUACAACUCUGACUGCGUGCUUACUGGAGUCCACCGCAGCUGACAGACACAGGGGAGGGGAGUUGGUGGUGGUGGGAGGGAGACGACAGUCUGAAAUUCACCACAAAGACAAGCGGCGCGUGAGAACGAUGGCAAAACAACGAAGUCACCACUGCACUGAGGAUGGGCCGAUGGAGAAACGGGACAAAUAGAGAACUAAGACAAUCUGUUACUGCGUCUCUACCUUAGGACCCCCCUCGCAGGGAGAUGUUCUCCAUUAUGGGAUAGAUACACAGGUCUGCUUGUUGCUAUGGAUACCAGCACGCGAAAAUUCACAGUGCGGAGAUGGUUUUCCAUCUACCUGAAGAACAAGGCAGCGCGCAACAAGAACAGCGCUGGAUUCUGUCAGCUGGAGGAUGACAGCAUACUCAAGGAGAUUGAUAUCAGCCAUCAUGUUAAAGAGGGCUGUGAGAAGGCUGACCCCUCUCAGUUCCAGCUGCUGAAGGUGCUGGGACAAGGCUCCUAUGGAAAGGUGUUCUUGGUUCGGAAGAUAAGAGGAGUGGACAGAGGACAGCUGUACGCCAUGAAGGUUUUAAAGAAAGCCACGCUGAAAGUUCGAGAUCGAGUACGAUCAAAGAUGGAGAGGGACAUUUUAGCUGAAGUGAACCACCCAUUUAUAGUUAAGCUCCACUAUGCCUUCCAGACAGAAGGGAAGCUCUAUCUGAUCCUGGAUUUUCUCAGAGGAGGAGACCUUUUCACCCGUCUGUCCAAGGAGGUCAUGUUUACUGAGGAGGAUGUGAAGUUUUACCUUGCAGAGCUGGCUCUUGCCUUGGACCAUCUACACAGUCUGGGGAUCAUCUACAGGGAUCUCAAACCUGAAAAUAUUCUUCUGGAUGAAGAAGGACACAUUAAAAUUACUGACUUUGGACUGAGUAAGGAAGCAAUUGAUCAUGAUAAAAGAGCAUAUUCCUUCUGUGGAACGAUCGAAUACAUGGCUCCUGAGGUCGUAAACAGGAGAGGGCAUACACAAAGUGCUGAUUGGUGGUCAUUUGGGGUACUUAUGUUUGAAAUGUUGACAGGAUCUUUACCCUUCCAAGGAAAGGAUCGUAAGGAAACAAUGGCACUAAUUCUAAAAGCGAAGCUGGGAAUGCCACAGUUCCUGAGUCCUGAAGUGCAGAGCUUACUAAGAGCUCUCUUCAAAAGAAAUCCUGCUAACCGACUAGGUGCAGGACCAGAAGGAGUAGAAGAAAUAAAAAGACAUCGUUUCUUCGCAUCAAUAGAUUGGAAUAAGUUGUAUAGGAGGGAAAUGAGACCUCCAUUCAAACCAACUGUGGGAAGACCUGAAGACACUUUCCAUUUUGACCCCGAGUUCACAUCCAGAACACCAACAGAUUCUCCAGGCAUUCCUCCCAGUGCAAAUACACACCAGCUGUUUCGUGGUUUUAGCUUUGUAGCUACUAACCAAAAUCAGGAAGCUCCUGUUGCUCCGGUCCCGGUGCCAGCUUCACGUCAAGAGGUGAACAUCAACCCUAUAGCACAGCAUAUCCGUGGCGAUGUGGCCUUCAAAGAUGUUUACGAACUGAAGGAAGAGGUGGAACAAACGGGAGCUUCUGUCCAAAGAAGAUGUUUGCAUAGAAUUACAGCUGUGGAAUAUUCAGUGAAGAUUAUUGACAGAACUAGAAAAGAUCCAGCAGAAGAGAUUGAGAUUCUUUUAAGAUAUGGACAGCAUCAGAAUAUCAUUACCCUGAGAGAUGUAUUUGAUGAUGGCCAGUCUGUGUACUUAGUUCAGGAUGUCCUGAGAGGAGGUGAGCUGCUGGACAAAGUUCUGACGCUACCAAAUUUCACAGAGAGAGAUGCAUCUGAUAUAAUCUGCACACUGACUAAAACAGUGGAAUAUUUACACUCUCAAGGGGUUGUACAUCGAGACCUGAAGCCCAGUAAUAUUCGUUAUGCAGAUGACAAUUUUCUCCCAGAAUCCAUUAGAAUAUGUGAUUUUGGUUUUGCCAAACAGCUCAGGGCUGAAAAUGGCCUGUUGAUGACACCUUGUUACACGGCUACAUUCAUGGCUCCUGAGGUUCUAAGGAAACAGGGUUAUGAUGCAGCCUGUGACAUCUGGAGCCUGGGAGUCCUGCUCUACACAAUGAUAGCUGGUUUCAGUCCAUUUGCAAGCAGUCCCAACGACACAGCAGAGGAGAUUCUGGCUCAAAUUGGCAGUGGGAAAGUCAUCAUCACAGGAGGGAACUUUGACUUGGUGUCAGAUGCUGCCAAGGACAUUGUGACAAAGAUGCUUCAUGUAGACCCUCACCAGCGUCUGACUGCCCCACAGGUUCUCCGACACCCCUGGAUUGUAGAGAGAGACCAGCUCUUUGACAAAACUCUUACCAGACAGGAUCCAGUCAUCGUCAAGGGGGCUCUGACUGCCACCUACUCUGCACUGAGGCGCUGUGCUCCGGCUCCAGUCCUGGAACCUGUGCAGUCCUCCAGCCUGGCUCAGCGGAGAGGGAUGAAGAAACUGGGGAGUCCGAAAGUCACUUCAGAUCCUAAAGAAAAGGAAACCCAAAAUAAAUCUUAAGUCUUAAUUAAAGACCCACAUAAUCAAAGGAGAUUGCUCUUCUUUAGAAAAGCACAAACCAUGCCUGAUUAACUUAACCAGUGAAGUGUCCCACUGGCACUGGCAUCAGGAUUGGCUUUCAUUCACUCCACUCAUAGCAUAAAUCUGAAAUCUAUUAAAUGUUAAACUGUGAUAUAACAUUCAAAAUGUGCAUCUUCACAGAGAUUUUGACACUAAACACAAUGAUCACAGUAAAGUGGCUCAAACAAAGAGGGUUUAAUUUGAACAUGCAGAUGCCUUGUUAGGUAUUUUAUGUCUUAUUUACUUGUCCUGCAGCCAUUUCAUCUGCAAGCUGAAAGUUACCGUCACUUCAAAUUUGUUACAAACAUUUAUAUAUGAUAGAUUCCUGCUUUGAAGUAAUUUAUUAUUAUUUUUAUUUUUUUUUUUUUUUUUGGGGGGGGGGGCAUAUUUCUGGGAAAACUGUUGUGCAAUAUACCAUUUGCAAUAUACACAGACAUACUGUUGCCUGCCUUGAAGUGUACAGUACGGCAUGUAGAGUAAAAUGUUUUGAGUGCCACACUUUACUUUCAAAACACAUAUAUGUGCCACUCAUAACACUGAGACACACACACAGACAUACAGUAUAUAGUGUUUGGAUAAUGCAUUCUCUGAUAGAUGAUGGAAUUUUCUCUAUAAUCAGUCUGAGAAUUGUUCUGAGUUAAGCUGUUUUAAAUAUAUAUAUAUAUAUAUAUAUGUAUUACUCAUCCUUCAACAAUGCUAUUUACUCAUGUUAAUGAUGUGCUGCAUAAUUUUACUGUAGGCAUUUUCAUCUCCUAUGAAUACAGUAUUUGACUCUUUAAGAUAUUUUAAUGUUACAUGUAUCACUGCUGCACGUCCCAGGUCAAAUUUACCAGUUAGCUGCAGUUGUUUAGUAGUUAAGGAUUUUAAAAACAUUGUCUUUCAUUAUACUACAUAUGUUAAACUCUUGGCAAAAGUCAGUCUAUACAUUACAUUAUUAAAACAGUACAUUAGUCAGUGCAGCCUUUAGGAAGGCUACCAGUAGGCAUGUUUGUUAGUAGUGUCUGAAAGCCAAAAUAUUUGAUAACCACUGUGUCAAAGGUUUGUAUAUACUGUCUAUUGCUGCUGCCCUGAUUCUAACUAAUGAGAUGUACAAUUGCUGAUACGAGGUAAAAUAGAACAGGCAUAAUGAAAAUGCAGAUAUAAGUAGCACUUAUGCUGUGUCUUACACUUAUAGUGUUGUACAGUUUACUAGUCAUGUAGAUUAUGAUGCUCUAUAACUCAUACACACUUACUAGACAGAGGUAAAACAAAGCAUAGUGAGCUGUAACCAACUAAAGAACUGUAGCAUAGGUGCAGUAAUUGUAUAUAUAUUAUGUUUGCUCAUGCACAGACUAUAUGUGCUGAGUUGCAUUGCACAACUGUAGCAAGUGUAGCUGGGACUGAUGCAAUGUUUAGGUAUUCAGAUAAGCCUUUAGAACUUGUGUGCUACACUGCAAGCUGGAGGUAAAGCUGUAUAUAAUGUUUGCUAAUUUUAACUGUACAUACUGCCACACAUACCCAAUUCUAAAGUUAGUUUCUGUAGAUAUGCAGAGUUGUACACCUGCUGCCAGGAGGACUGUACAUAUUGUCUUUGAAAAUAUAUUGAAACUGUACAUAUUAAGAUGGGUUGUGCAUAUAUUGCUCAGAUUGCACAUACUGUCUACAGCAAGCCAAUCGUUGAGAUAACUGGCUAAAAUGCCAAAAUUUUACAAAUAAAGAAAAUGAAUUGAA